UUGAAAGAAUAAAAAGAUGAAGAAAAGAAAAAUCCCACACAGAAUUUUUUGAGAGUCUAUGAGUGCCAAUAAAUAUAAAUAUGAAAAGUGGAUGCCUAAUUAUUAUUGGCUUUGGUAUCUAAAUUUUUUGAGAGUCUAUGAGUGCGAAUAAAUAUAAAUAUGAAAAACUGGAUGCCUAAUUAUUAUUGGCUUUGGUAUCUAAAUUUUCUCUCUGUUUGUUGGUUCCUUCAUGAAACUAAAGUUCUGCUACAAUUGGAUAAAUUUGAUACUUCUCUCUUCUCCUCCUCCUCUGUUUCUCUUAUCCCUCUUUUUUUUUUUUCCUUUUUUCUGUGCUCUGCUUUCUUUCCUUUCUUUCCCGGGAAAGUUGAUUCCUUUUUUCAUUUUCGGUUAGAAAAGUGGUCUCGAUCCAAGUAAAAAGACCCAAAACCAUAAAAUCUUUUACCCAGAAAUCAUGGGUUUCUGUUGAAACCAAUAAAACUUGAAAAUUUUCUGGCUUCUGUCAUUAAAAAAUUCCCCCCUUUAAUUUUUUCUAUCGUUUUCUCGAACUUCUUUUGUUUUUAUUUCUAUGUUGCCGUGAAAUUUGGGUGUUUUCAACAUAAUUUGGCUGGUUUUGCGUAGUGCGUUUUUGGAUUUAACUUGAAGAAUUAAACGUUGAAUGGUCGUGACUUUUUGCAAAGAGAGAACAAAAAAUGUUUCUUCAUUGUUGAUCAAAGAAGAGUAGGCUUGAGUUUUCUUUAAGUUUAAAAGAAAAAACCCAAAAAAAAAAAAAAUAGUGUUAUUUUCGCUUGUGUUCCAUACUUUCACUUUUUGUUUUGGCUGAGAGAGGGUAGCUCAAAUCCGCCGGUGCCGGAAAAGAGAUGAAUUAGACAACAUUGUCCUCUACCGACGAAGACUUGGUUGAAUAGAGAGAUAUAUUUAUUUAUUUAUUUAUUUUCUCUACUUUUUCUGUUUCCUUAAAUUUAGCCGUCCAAACGUCAAAAUUUAGAAUUUCUCUUCAGACACAAAUUUGCAUCAUCUAACCAAAUCGCGACAAUCUCUCUCUUCCUCUCUCCUUGUGUUCGUCUCUCCCCUUCUCCUUCUCCUCUCUCUUUUUCUCUCUGUUUUUUUCUACUUCCUCUGUUUUCAGGGUUGAGGUAGAGAGAAACCAAUCUCUCUCUCUCUCUCUCUCUCUCUCUCUCUCUCUCUCUCUCUCUUGUUGGAAUCAUGAUUUUUGACACAGGGUUAACGCGAUCAAACCUCGAGUGCUUUCUCCAUUGCACAACACCAACAGCCAAAUCCCAAUUCCUUCCCAAGAGUGAGAUGAGGAACCUUAAUCGUUUAUGGCACCCUUGGGAGAGAGAAAAGGUCGAAUAUUUCACAUUGGGUGAUCUUUGGAAUUGUUAUGGCGAAUGGAGUGCGUAUGGGGCUGGAGUUCCCAUUGUUUUGAACAACAGCGAAACCUUAGUCCAGUACUAUGUUCCUUAUCUCUCUGCCGUUCAAAUCUUUACCAGCAAUUCUUCAAUCAACGGCUUAAGGGAAGAAACAGAAUCAGGUGAUGGCGAGAGGGAGUCAUUUAGUGAUUCAUACAGUGAUGAGAGCGAGAGUGACAAGUUAUGGAGAUGGGAUGGAUGCUCCUCGGAGGACGGAGGGUCCGAUCAAGAUAGCCUUUGGCAUGUGAAUAACAGGUUGGGUUACCUUUACUUUCAGUAUUUCGAGAGAUCAACUCCUUAUGGAAGAGUCCCGCUCAUGGAUAAGAUUAAUGGAUUAUCUCGAAGAAACCCUGGUUUGAUGUCAUUGAGGAGCGUCGAUCUUUCUCCAGCUAGUUGGAUGGCAGUAGCCUGGUACCCAAUUUAUCACAUUCCCAUGGGAAGGACCAUAAAGGACUUGUCCACAUGCUUCCUUACUUACCACACUCUAUCCUCUUCUUUCCAAGAUAUGGACCCCGAAGAUGACAUUGAGAAUGCCGAAAGGAAGCGAAAGGAAGGGGAGGGCAUCUCCCUUCGACCUUUUGGUUUGGCCACUUACAAGAUGCAAGGAAAUGUGUGGGUCUCGGGCAAUUGUGGACGGGACCAAGAUAGGCUAGUAUCGCUUUUAAGCGUGGCAGAUUCGUGGCUAAAGCAACUUAGGGUCCAACACCAUGACUUCAACUACUUCACGGGGAUUCGACGUGGCUAGACAUAAUUACUUGCAGUAUUUUUCUCUGAGAACCCUGUGGAAGUGACUGAUCCCUAAUUAUCAAGAAAUAGAAAAAAAAGAAAACCUCUUUUCGGGUUUUUAGAAUUUUGGUUUGUGCGUGGGAGAUGUAGAUCCUUGAGCUUGUGAGAAUUGUGUUUGGCACGUGUGUUGUCUAAACCCAUUUAACGGUCCAUUCUGAGGCCAGCCUUACAGGAUUUCAGCAGAGGGUAUGGAGUUGAGUUUACCCUUAUUUUUGCUAUGUUUAAGCCUGUUUGUGGGCUUUAUUGUAAAGAAAUGGGUGAGGUCUGACAGGUGCAAAAGUAAGGCUCUUAAACUUUUGAAACUUUUUUGGUAUUGUAUGACAUGUUCUCUUGACCAUAUGAUAGCGCCAAUUGAGAUGAGCAAAUUGCCGCCACAACUUCACAGUUUCCUUGCCACAUAUAAUUGUUCGGUUCCUGUAGCGAAUAUGCAAUCUGGAC